AGAGAGUCUUUCUACUGCGUGGGGCAAAGAAAAGGUGUGGGAGAUCCUAUCGAAGAAGUGAAGCUCAAGCUUUCCACACUUUCUCUUUUUCCGCGAUCACUCUUGUCUCCCCAGUCGACAACCACUUCACGCCCAACCGCCGUCAUGUCUGCCCAAACCGCUAAGGCCGAGAACCCUUGCCGAUCCCUUCGCCUGUCGAAGUUGGUCCUGAACAUCUCCGUCGGAGAGUCCGGUGAUAGACUCACUCGUGCCGCCAAGGUUCUCGAGCAGCUGUCCGGUCAGACCCCCGUCUACAGCAAGGCCCGUUACACCGUCCGUACCUUCGGUAUCCGCCGUAACGAAAAGAUCUCCGUCCACGUCACCAUCCGCGGUGCCAAGGCCGAGGAGAUCCUCGAGCGUGGCCUUAAGGUCAAGGAGUACGAGCUCCGCAAGCGCAACUUCUCCGAGACCGGUAACUUCGGAUUCGGUAUCAGCGAGCACAUCGAUCUCGGUAUCAAGUACGAUCCCGGUAUUGGUAUCUACGGCAUGGACUUCUUCGUCUGCAUGGACCGCCCCGGUGCCCGUGUUGCCAAGCGCCGCCGCUGCCAGUCCAAGAUUGGUGUCAACCACCGCAUCACCACCGCCGAGACCAUGCGGUGGUACAAGACCAAGUACGAUGGAAUUAUCCGUUAAGUCUAAGAAGACAUAAUGGCU